AACAGUUCCCGAAACAGUUCGACAAUACAGGAACAGAAAGCAGCGCAAUGAGCGAAGACAAAGACCCAGGGCGCGAGAUGCACUCGCGAUUUCGGUUUAGCUUGAAUGCGGACUCGUACGCACCGACCGAUGGCCGCGUGUACUCGCUCAAGUCUAUCCAUAGGUGCCUGCAGAACAGUGGCACAGCCGUCGGCAUUCGCAGCGAGAGCUCUGUGGUGCUGGCCGUGGAGAACUUGACUGGCAACAGAUACAUUUCUCCGGAUACCUAUCCGCGCCUCUUCGUCAUCGACGGCCACUUCGGCAUGGCUGUCCAUGGGCUGCGCGGGGACGUCUACGCCCUGGCCGAGAACGCCCGCUUCGAGGCCUCCCUCGUCCGUCGGACGUCCGAGCGGGGCAUCACCAUGAAAGAGCUGUGCGAUCACCUCAGCAAGAUCGUCAAGCUGUGCUUUCAGCACAACGCUGCGCGCCCCUAUGCGGUGAGCAUUCUGUUGUCCGGAUGGGAGCUGCAGCACGGACCGCAGCUCUACAAAGUGGAACCGUCCGGCGCGGUCGUCUCGCAUGCCUCCUGCGCCAUUGGCGUGGGCGAGGAGAAGGCCCUGGCAUUGAUGGAGAAGUACAAAUUCGACGCGUUCGAUAUGGAGGAGUUGGUGAAAAUGUCCGGCGAAAUUAUCUAUGGCAUUCAUGACGAUGGCAAGGGCCAAACCUUCCUCCUGGAGACGGGUAUUGUGGGUGUUCAGACCCAGGGGCAUCUGGACUACAAUCCCAUGCCUUGGUCCGAGAUAGCCAAAAAAGCUGGCGAGGAGUUCAAGGCCAAGGCCUCAGCUAUCGCCAAGGAAAACGAGCAACCAUCCGAUACUGACACACACAACACUUAAGACUCCAAAAGUUCUCCAAAAUUCAUAUUAACAAAAUUCAAGAGCAUUCCAAAAACCAAAAAAAAAUAAUA